UAGCAACCCAGAUUGACAAUCUUGGCAUUUAUUGAACACAAAUAUAUGGUUAUUCAGAAUGGACGAUGGAAGUUCAAAUCCGACAGAAUGGUGUCUUAUGGGGAGACUUUCAACCAUGCAGUUUCUUGGAAAAGAAGUGGUUUUCUAUGGAGCUGGCUGCCAUCUGUACUUCAUCAAUAUGGUUACCCAAGAAAAUUCCUUUUACAAAGCUAACAACGCACGUUGUGGUGAUGGCAUAAGAUAUUAUGUAGGACAUAGAACACUGAAUUUCUUCUGUUUUGCCGAAAAUUGUGGAAACCCUAGCAUAUUCGUGAUGAGCUAUCCCAAGUUUGAGAUCAUAUCAAUCUUAGAAGGGGGUUCAAAGGAGGGUUAUAUCGCAAUGGGGUUCUCGGAGACUUCAGUUUUGGUUUCUCUGGGAAGUCUGCCCUAUUUCAACAUGACAGUGUGGAACUGGAGAAGAGGUGAAAAAUUAGGCAGUAGCAGAAGCCACAUACACCGACAAAAACAGUUGAUAAGAUGUAAUACCGUCAAUCCGGUGAGAGUUUCACAGCUGGGGAUGAAGACAACGAAGCUACACAUAUGGGACAUUCUUAUGUGCGGUAAAAAAUGCAUAAUGACCCAUCACAAGGUCAAGAUACCUCAAGAAAAACCAGCUCCCUUGGUGCUGACUUACUGGACCCUGGAAGGAAUGCUUUACGUUUUGGACAACGAUGGAUCCGCAUAUCUGGUAAAUUCUGAGUAUCUCCUAGAAAAAGUAAUAACUCACAACAAAUCAGGACCACUCAUGCCCUCUUUUACGAUGUGGAAAGGAGAUUUUGCCAUAGCGGGUCCUAAUAAUGUAAUUAGGUUCUACAAAAGGAGCGUAAACACCUGGAACCUUUACAACAGCCUCAAUCCCCCAGAAGCAAUCACCAGACUGAAGUCUAACAGAAGCGACGUCCUUUUGGGAUUAACGGAUAGAGCAUAUCUGGUGAAGAUAGACCCGGAGAAUAAGAAGUACGAUUUCAUCAAGACCAACGAGACAGAGUUUCACAACAUCUGCAUGGUCUAUCCGGUCGGGCAGUAUAUAUGCCUCUUGUCCCAAGGGAAUAUGGUUAGUGUGGUCGAAAUUGCCACCGGAAACGUGGUUAGCAGAUACGACCUGAUGGGAACAGCCCUCACCAUCGCAGGUAACCCUGAGUUCCCCUACAUCGGCAUCGGCUACAUCAACGGCAUCCUCGAGCUCCUCUCCAUCUACGACCCCUCCAAACCGGUAACCAUGGCCCACUUCAACCUGACCACCAACCAGAUAUCGAACGUCUACUUCAGCGAGUUCGGGCGAGUGCUGGUGGCCGCUGACGUGGCCGUCGGGGAGUUCUUCGUCCUGGAAGGCAUACCCGGCGGUCACAUCCAGGUGAAGGCGACGGUGUCCACCAACUGCCAGGUGGCCGACUACAUGCUGGUGCCGUCGACCAACUGCUACAGGCUGUUCGUAGUGCCGGUCACCUCGAACGAGUUCAUCAAGGGCAACAAGGUGAUACGGUACUGCAUUAUGGACAACCACCAGGUCAACGUGAAGGAGUAUCGGUUCGCUGAUACCGAUAGGACCUACUCGAGGAUCUUGAGCACGGCCAAGAUCAACAGGGAUCGGGUGUUCUACGUGAUGCCGUUCGAUUCCAAGGACAUAGAGGAGGUGGAGACUAGACGAGGGGACAACAUGAUACGAGUACUCAAUACUUUCGAAACAGGACACCAAGUGUGGCGCAAUGGCUUUUAUAUUGACAAAUAUCACGCUGUGACCUGGUCAUACGACGGCUUCAUCAUUGCAAGAACUGCUGACAUGGAUCGGGUUAUAGGACAUGCCUUACCUCAUCACAGGAGAAAGGGUGGAGUUAAGAAGGCUUAUAUAGAUCCCUUGGGAAAAUACAUUGUGAGUUUGGGAAACGACAAUAUUGUUGCAUGUACGAAUCUUGUUGACAAUGAGCCUGAUUAUGAAAUGCAAGAAAAUCUCAUCAAAUUGCUGAAUUCCAACAGAUACUCCAUCUUGUUCCAGAGGAAAACCAUAGGUUUUGAUCCAGGACCCACAAUGAGGGACUACACCUGGCUAGAAGUGGACAAGAUGAGGAGGAUUGACCGGGAAAGAAAGAUACACGAGGAGGAGAAGGCAUCUAUCUACGCCGAGUUCAACGAGAUCAAAGUGGCCCUAAAGGCUCUGCUCAACCAAAACCUAGAAGGACCAGAGAACGAGAGGCUGGACCUGGUGGAGUUCAACCUGGACACCAAGUAUUUUGACGAGAUCAAAGAGAAGAACAGGGUAGAAUGCAAAGAUACCGAGCAGUACAUCAAGAAGUACGUAGCAGCGAUAUACAGCGUGUGCGACAGAAUAAAGAAGCUGUUCUACAACACGAUGGCGGUGCAGAAGAGGAAGAUCGUGGGGUUGAGCACAGCGAUCAACGUGGAGAGCUACUCGUUGCUGCCACCAGACGGUAGAAAGAUGGAAGAGCUCAAUUGGGUGUUGGAGCAGCUCAAACUGGAGAGGUUCGUGAACGAGAACGACCAGUUUGCACCAUGGAAACCCAUGGUUGAGGCUGAUCGAAAUAAUUUGUUGAGUCAACCUCCCCAAGUGCCAGUGGUCAAAAAAAAGCAGAUUGAGGAUUUGGAGGAAGAGUCAGAAUCCAUUGUUAUAGAUAAAGAAACGAUCAUAGCCAUGGCUGGAUCUACCGCUCACAACUUCAUCGAAAUUUCACCCUACAAAUAUGAUCAAUUGGAAACGCAGACGUUCUAUCAACUUCAGUUACAAUCGGCAAUCACUUACAGUGACAUCGUACGUCUGAGGGAAUACUUCAAUAAGGAAUUCGAGAACUUAAUGCAGACGAAGACUAGAGAAAUGUUACAAAUCAAAGAGAAAAAUCAGAGGUUGCGUUACAUAGUCGACGAGAUCAACUAUUUUUCGACGGAUCAGAUCUUCAUCAAGAUUGCGGACCCAUUGUGGACAGCAUAUGAGAAUAUCGACAUGAUGGUCACCAUCCAGGACUCUCAGGUUCCAAUAUCCCCUUACAUAUCUCCGAGUGAGCAAGCCAUCCUGGAUGCAAAAGCAGCUGAAGCAGAAAGAAUACGACUCUUGCUGUUGGCUGACGACUUCAAGGAGAGAGCCCUGAUGGCUAUGAUGAAUGGAGUGUUGGAGGUUAGGUGGGAGGAUGAACUGAAAAAGGAUGUUCCUUUGCCCAAAUGUAUGUUAGAAAAAGAACCCGAAGAAUUCAACGAAGACGACUUAAGGGCCGUGAAGGACUACGAGGAAAAAGUCAAGUUUCUGAACAGCGAGCGUGAACGUUACAAAAACAUCUUGGACCAGGAGUACACGAGGAUCGUAUCUCAAAUCAGGGAAUCGGUUAAAAAGUUCGACAGCAGGGUCAACGACCUUCUGCAUUUGAGGAUAAAGGUGGACGAGGCUAUAAUACAAGAGGUGCUCAUCCUUUGCAAGGAAAGAAUGAAGCUGCUGGACCUGCUGGCAUACGCAGACAAGGAGCUUGAACUGAAAAAAACAAUGGUUGGAAACGAAGAACUGAUCCACAGUGUGGAGCACCUCAUCAAUUCGCUUCAAGAUUCUGUCAUGGAUUGUCGCAACCAGAUAGAUGCUGUCCAGAACAGAGAGAAAUUUUUGGACAAGAAUCUAAAAAAGGAUAUGGCCGAGUUUAACCAAGUCAUUCAAGAAGCGUCUGUUAAACUAUUGAAGCGACGACCAAAGGUGAAUUAUAAAAACCUAAAUUCACAUACAACGCUCCAAGCCUUGGCCAGAGCAGUCAUAACUAAAGUAAGACCACCAACCCUCUUAGAUGAGUGCAUCGAAUACCUCAACGCUCUUGAUCAUCUGGACAACUACGUCGGAGUGCCACCGACUGUAGAUGAAGAGGCAUAUGCAGUGAUUUGCAAGCAUAGGAGAUUAAGGAUAGAGCACGAGAUCAAGCUUAAAAGCGCUACCGUGUCUCUGGCAGAAGCGGAAGCAACCGUAGCAAUACUCCAGAAGAGGCUGUAUCAGAAGAAAGACGUCAACGUUAGAUCUAUGGCAGAUUUGGCGCAGGUGCGAACAGAUCGUCUACAACGAAUGAGAAACGUGCAGAUGCAGAUUGUUCUAAAGCAGGGGUACGUCGAGGUUCCUAUGCACGGAAAUAUCAGCGACUUUCAAGAUGCCAUUCUGAUAUCACGUAAAGAAGUGGAGGACAUUAACGCUCUGAUUCUUGAAAACGGAAGGAUCAAACUUAACUCAAUGCGUCACACCAUGACUUUCCAUAGGGAGAUCAUGAAGAUGGAAUGGACUCACAGGAAACUGAGAAUGCACAUAGAAGAUCUUCAAGAGGAGUUGAACGAUAUCAAUCACUUGAAGGUGACAAAGGAGAUGCAAGUUUACCUCAAAGGCAAAGAGAAGGCCCUACCAUUCGAAGUGGGACUGGAACUGUUGAAGAAUUCCUACGAAAUAAUACUGAAGGAGAAGAAGAUGGGAGUGGUGAAACUGAAGAAGCAGAUCAACAUUCUGAAAGAAGAUAGCAAGAAGUUGGACUUGCAAAUAAGCGACAUCAACGUGGACGUCUGCGAAUGCAAGUUGGACAAAGAUUGGGAACUGGAUGUGGAGGACAAGAAGCAAAUAGAAGAGAGGUUGCAAUCGUUGGCAAAAAGAAGCAGAAUGAUAAGGAAAAUACAAGAGAAUCAUCAGAACAUACUGCUCUUACAAACAGAAUUGGAACUUCUAAGAUUGAAGACUUAUCCGACAAUAAAAUACAAGAUACUCUCCUGAAUUUCCACAUUUAUUUCAAUUAUUUAUUCAUCGAUUUGUAUUUUUUCAAUAUAUGUAGUUUUUAUGUUU